CCAGGCCUCCACUGAAGAGUCAAGAGCGAGAGACUGAGAGUGAACAGCUCAUCACUGAAGAAGAGCCUCUGCCGCCACCUCAACAAGAUCUCAACUUCUGAUACAUUACCAGCGGCGAAACUUCUCACUCUCUGAAAAACUUCUUCACUAAGAACAAAAAAGAGGACCACAAGCAAAUCAAGGAGACAAAGACAGACUUUUGACUUGACUUUGCUGACAUCUUCAAAGUCAAACGCUCGUUUUUGAAGCUGUUGUCUGCUUUUUCCCUCCAUUUUCUAAAUUUCUUACUGAGACCAUGCAGAAGUGGGUGCUGGUGAGUCUGGCCACGCUGCUGACAUGUCUGCUGCUGGGCAACACGUCCGCCCAGGGCGCCCUGAAGAAGCGCCUGGCCCCGCCGAAGCCCCCCAAGGGCCAGUGCUGUGACGAGGUGCGCUCACUGAAGGUGCAGGUGGCCAACCUGACCAGCCUGCUGGAGGAGCUGAGGGGCAAGCAGGAAUCUGACCUGCUCAACAUCCUGCGCCAGAUGAUGGAGCUGGACCAGCUGAGCCGCCGUCAGGAGGAGCGCGUCACCGAGGCCGAGAGCAAGUACUCCGAGAUCAACAACCGCGUGGAGAUCAUGCAGAUGCAAGGCGCCCAAGCCCACACGCGCACCUCAUCAGAGGCCAUCUACGACUGUGCAUCACUGUACUCCAGAAACUACAAGAUCUCAGGAGAGUACAAACUUCCUUCUGAUGACUACCUGGGCACACCUGAACUGGACGUGUUCUGUGACAUGGAAACCAAUGGAGGAGGUUGGACCGUCAUCCAGAGACGCAAGGUGGGCCUGAGCAGCUUCAACCGUGACUGGAAGCAGUACAAGAAGGGAUUCGGCACCAUCCGUGGGGAUUUCUGGCUGGGCAAUGAAAACAUCUUCCGCAUGACCCGCCAGCCUACCGUGCUGAGGAUAGAGAUGGAGGACUGGGAGGGACAGACUCGUUAUGCUGAAUACGGCUUCUUCACCAUCAGCAACGAGUUGAACAGCUACAAGCUAUUCGUCGCCAACUACAGCGGCAAUGCCGGUGACUCAAUGCGCUACCACAACAACACCAACUUCAGCACAAAGGACAAGGACAACGACAAGUGUGUUGAUGACUGCGCUGCACUUCGCAAGGGUGGCUACUGGUACAACUGCUGCACUGACUCAAACCCCAAUGGCAUGUACUACCGCUUUGGUAAACACAACAAGCAGAGUACGGAUGGCAUCACCUGGUACGGCUGGCACGGACCCAGCUACUCCCUGAAGCGCAUGGAGAUGAAGAUCAGACCUCAGGGAUUCAUGCCUUAAAAGACUUUACAAACGAAGUAAACAUCUUCGUAACACAAUGCUAAUGUCAAGGAAUUUCUUCAAAACCUGGGUAUCAGAGUUUAAAACCAAACAUGCCGCUUUUAUUCCAUUUCUGGGAUGUUCUUUUCAUGUUGUUGAUUGCAGUACUUGUGGAUUUGCCUGGAUGUGUGAUGGACCACGUUUGAUUGUAAAUGAUAAGUGAUGUUUUGUAUUUAUCUUUAAAUGUAUUAAAUUGUUUAAGCUUUCAUGAAAGCAUUUUUACCACUGUUCUAUAGAAGGUGAGUUUUGCCUUGUGUUUGUUGUAUUUGUGUUUGUUUGUUUAUUUGUUUUUAAAGCAAUUAGGUUGUAUUCCUCAAACUAAGCCAUGCUCAAAAGCCACCAUUAUUAUCAAGCCUCUUUGUUCAGUUAGAGCAGUAACGACCAACCUUUGACUGACAGGUACAGGACAGAUUUUAUUUUGUUUAAAAGCGCAAAUGUAGAUGAAAUGAAAAUGACAUUUGUAAAAUGUGUACAGCUCUUUAUAGUAUCCUAAUGGAUGACAAAUCUAAAAUAAAACUGUAUUUUUAAAAA